GAAGCUUUUUAUCAAAGGAAAAAAUAUUUAUUGUUGACAGCUUUUGUUAUAUUAUCUUGUGACAUCUUUGGUUCUUAAAAUAUUUCCUUUAUGAUGUUCUUGCUCCUUUAAUUUUUUUUAUGCCUCAUUUAUGAUAAUUUUUAAUUUAUUUCAGAUAAUAUCAGAAGAAAUGAAAGAUUUUUUGAAAGUUUUAAAAGAGAAAGUCUCAAUAGGACUUGUAGGAGGAUCUGAUAUGAAGAAAAUUACAGAACAAAUGAAUGAAGGCUCUGAAGUGGUUAACAAAUAUGACUAUAUUUUUGCAGAAAAUGGAUUAGUCGCUUAUAAAAAUGGAUCUCUUGUUGGAAAACAGUGAAAAUUUUGUAGAAUUUCGUAAUGGACUCAUAAAUAUAUGCCCUAUUGGUAGAAGCUGUAGUCAAGCAGAACGUGAGGAUUUUGCCGCAUAUGAUAAAAUGCAUAAAAUUCGAGAAUCGUUUGUAGAAGUUCUCAGAGAAACUUUUCCUAAUCUUGGAUUGGUAUAUUCUAUUGGUGGACAGAUUAGUUUUGAUUGCUUUUCUGCUGGUUGGGAUAAAACAUUUUGCCUAAAUUACGUUGAGAAAGAUGGUUUUGAGAAAAUUUUUUUUGGUGAUAAAACUUCAGAAGGUGGAAAUGAUUAUGAAUUAUUUCAUGAUAAGAGAGUUAUAGGACAUACUGUGCAAAAUCCUAAAGACACUAUGAUCCAAUUGAAAAAAAUUUUCUUUUCUUAACAACAUGUUAUUGUCAUAAUUUAUUUGUGUGUUUUAUAAUUAUUAUUGUCUAAAAACCUUGCAAUUUUGUUCAUAAUUUUCCAUUCACGAUUUUUAAAAAAAAUAUUUUGCAAGUAAAAUUGAACUUUUCAAAUGUUAAUAAUGAAGAUGUCAAAAAUUUUGUUUAUUUAUUUAAAAGGAAAAUUUUUAGUGUUUACUGAAUAGUAUUACAAGCUACUUAACUUAUAUGUACCCCAUGUAUACAAAUCAUUUCCUAUUCCUUUAACCAUCAAAGCAAAGUUAUUAUAUGAACAAUGUUAAUUUUUGGUAUUAAGUUUUCAUAUUUUCAAUUAGUUGAUUUUACUUAGUUAAAAAGUAGUAUUGAAAUAAUAUAAAUCCUUAGUUAUUAUUAGUAUUAAUUACAAAGGAUAACUUGGUUACUGGGUAAGUUAUACUAUUUUCUAUUGGUAGUCAGCAUGCUAAUUUGGUUCAUUUUACAAGUGUGAAUGAAAUAUUGGCCAUGCCCGUUGCAUUGAAACAAAACAAUUAGCAUUGAAACAAAAAUCAAUAUAAAAAAGUGAUUUCAUGUUUUGUUCAUUUGUUUUUAUUUAUUAAUAUUAAAUAAUUAUUUGGGAUAUUAUUCCAAAAUAAUCACUUGAGUGUUGAGUAGG